UAGCAGUCACCUGCCAGCCUGUCGCAGCUUGUGUCUGUGCGGUGGAAAGCACCUGUUCGGAACAGGUAGUUGGAGUGUCCGGAGAGCUGUAUGCGUUGCUCACGGUGGACAGUAAUCACAGCAGUCUGCACUGCGAAAGGUUGUAUAUUUACAGUCAACGAGGCAAGACUAUCUCGUCAGUAUCCCUAGACAAAGGCUCUCAAAAUUACUGUGCACACUGGUCCCAGUCACUCACUGCCCUGACCCAAACUAAAAAACUGUUAAAGGAUGGAGUUCACGGAGGUUGGUUAAGGUGGUGUUUUUCUGAAGUUGUUCACUGAGGCUUCUCAGCAUUGCUGCCAAGAUAAACAGGAGCAGAAUGAGCUCUCUGUGAACUCAGAAACAAGGAGCAUGUUGAGUCCCAGGCCAAGGGACAGGAGAUGAAUUGGGACAAUUCAAGAGAUGCAUUCAAGGACAACUUUUUGUCGUCAACAAGUGGACCCAGCUGUGAGGCUGCUGGCCGCUGGGACUCAGCACUCCGUAUGAAUGCGGUCAGCCCGGGAUCCAGACCUCACUGCUUCUGCUGCCUCGGACGGGACUGAGCGACCCUCGCCGAGACUUCCUUCUCGGACUUCCUCGCCACUCACAGCUGUCUUUCUGGAUUGACACCGUGGACUUCCAGCCUCGCUUUCCCACCGUGAACAUCAAUAUGUGUCAUGUCAUUGUCACCUGCCGCUCGAUGCUCUGGACCCUCCUGAGUAUCGUGGUGGCCUUUGCUGAACUCGUUGCCUUCAUGAGCGCCGACUGGCUGAUCGGGAAAGCCAAGACCCGCAGCGGCGACGAGCAGGCAGGCAUGGACUCGGAGCCCCACUACCUGGGCAUCCUCUGCCUCCGCACCCCUGCCAUGCAGCAAGUCCCUCGGGACACACUGUGCGGGACCUACGCCAAGAGCUUUGGGGAGAUAGCCAGCGGCUUCUGGCAGGCUACUGCUAUUUUCCUGGCCAUGGGGAUCUUCAUUCUCUGCGUAGUGGCUUUGGUGUCCGUCUUCACCAUGUGCGUGCAAAGCAUCAUGAGGAAAAGCAUUUUCAACGUCUGCGGGCUCCUGCAGGGAAUCGCAGGUCUGUUCCUUAUCCUCGGCCUGGUCCUCUACCCUGCAGGCUGGGGCUGCCAGAAAGCCAUCGACUGUGGACGAUAUGCAUCCCCCUACAAACCUGGAGACUGCUCCUUGGGCUGGGCCUUUUACACUGCCACUGGGGGCACAGUCCUCACCUUUAUCUGUGCUGUCUUCUCCGCACAAGCAGAAAUUGCAACCUCCAGUGACAAAGUCCAGGAAGAAAUUGAAGAGGGGAAAAACCUCAUUUGCCUCCUUUAGUCUGGAAGACAUCACUGCCACCGUUACCUUUCCUUUAUGGCCUUGGGACACAGUCUUCAUCAUUCGAAUCAAGUGAAGAACCAGCCUUGACCUACCGGAGCCAUAUUCCACAGUUCCGGGCUUCCGUGGGACCAGUGAGGGGUACCACCCACCAAGUAGAGCUCUUGGACAUACGAGCUGGCAGUGCUAAUGAGACCAGACAAGGACGUGGUAUGGUCCCUGUGGAGUCCUGUCGGAGACUCCAUCUCCCUGGGGCUCAGUGAAGGAUAGUGAUCUGACUCACCAAGGCAGGCAGCAACCUCUCUGUCCGCAGAGGAGAGGAUGCCCAGCCUCAGGGGAGUUUGAGGCAGGCUUUUGGGCCACAGCUACGUGUUUACGAGCAUCUCAGAAUGGCGGGUGGAGGUGGGGAUCUUGGUUUUCUUCCUGUUUCUUUCAUGUUGUCUCACUUGAGGACUGAAAGGAAGACUGCAGGCUUGGGUGACAGGUUAAAUGCUGAAGGUGACAGCAAGACACCAGGCUUUGCUUAACUGCACAAAGGCCUUAACAGGGACAGAGCAGAACCCCACUGUGGACCUUCUCCAGUCUGAGUUCCAGGGUCAGAGGCAUCAAGUGGAACUCUCCUCAGGAUUUGAGUAAAGAAAGACAAUCAGGAUGAAAGUACAAACCCCAGGCAGUAAGGCAGACACCUCCUGCUUCCUGCAGUCAGCCUAGUGCCUGUGGUAGCCCUGUCUCUUCUGAUAGUUUUCGCCUAGGGUUGGGGUUGUGCUCGGCUGCCCAGGGAAACCUCAGUGUUCCUUGCUUCCAAGGAUUAGAGCCUCCAGACCAGCUGUGGUCCGUGCAGAUGUUGCCAGAACCUCUGCAUUUGCAGAGUGAGCUUUUCUGUUUGGUGACUUAGCUUUCCAAUCCCACUGGCAUUGUCUGAAGAGAAAGCAGGAGCUAGCCCUGGAAGCUGUCUCUAGCUUCUGGUGUGGAUCCGCAGAGCAGGCUGGGUGACACUGGCUCACUGCCCUGCUGUAUCCAGAAUCCCAUCGGCAGGUUAGCGUGAAAGCAGGGGCCGGGCCAAACUCACUGUGCCUGCCUACGCAGGUCACAGAACCCCCAAAUGCCUACUAAAGAGGACUCAGGGCUUUUAACCCAGUUUCCAUAAUUACCCCUUUGACCAAAGCAGCCAGAAAGCCCAGAGUCUGGCAUCAUAAGAACCUUGGAGACACAGAGACCCUUCAUAGGGGUGCAAGUGGAGUGGACCUGUUUGGUUUUAGAGAUGGCGGGUUGAGGCUUUUGUCUUACGAGCUAAGUAGUGGAACCUUCUGCCGCGGGGUGUCUGCUUACCAGGUGUACAGCCUUGCCCCCGGCGCAGCACUGUGUCAGUUUAGAGUCUGCCUUGGUUCAGACAACUCCCUUAUCUAUAGAUGGGCUAGGCCCCCUGGGGUUUAACUGUAGGAUAUUUACCCUUUGGCCUAUAUCAAACCGUCUUCUCUCUCAUGCAGAUGAAGGUUAUGGAAGGGUACUGAAUCAGAUCUUAAGUUCAGUUUUGAACCAGUAUUCAAAAUAAGCAAGGUAGACACCUUGUGGCUUCUUUGAAAGAGAAAGGGGAGGCACCCUAAGCAGCCCUAGGAAUGCUCAGGAAACAGGACCAGAUCACUAAGGACACAUGCCACUGAGCAUAUGGAGAAAGCGCUUCACUGGGUAUUGAUGACGUUGUCCUGUGCAAGUCCUUGAAGCGCAGUGACUGUGUUUCCAACCCGGGCAGCACUUUGCACGAAACACAGUUUUGUUCACUAGGAAAACUGUGACAAAACCACUUCAUUUUCCUUGAAUUUACCAGAUUAACUUUUCCAUCUUUAUGAUCUUAACCCCUUCUUCACAGACCAAUCCUAGUCCACAGGUCCUGUGUGCAUGCCCAUCCCCUGCUCUUUGGGGUCAAAGGGCAGUGGACUCCUAGCAACCUGGUAACAGUCACGAGUGAAGACAUGACCUCUCUGCCACACUGUUACUCCACUGUUUCUCAUGAAUUUAAACAUUAGGGAAGACAGCCCCACCACAGAAGAGCACAAUGCAAACUGCCUCCAUGCUGACUUAAUGGAACUAGGUCGCAUUCUAUAGCAGAGAGACCUUCACACCAAUGCACAGACCUUUGCAGGAAAUGAAGGACCAUCUACAACUGUACUAAUACAGAACGGGACUUGGCUCCUGCUCUUUAAAACCACUUGCUGGCCGAUACCCGGUUCUCGGAGGAUGGGACCAUUGCUACUACCAGAAACGUCUUCUCUUGCCUGCGUUUGUGCUGAGCUGCUCAUUGAACUCUAAAGCAGAAACACUUGGGAGUCUGUGGCUUCUUUAAACCUGUGUGGUAAUUCAGCAUUGCAUUUGUAACUGUGGAAGGGUCCUUUAAGUAUCUGUGGUGUAAUGAUGGCCUUUGUUAACCACGUAUUCCGUGAGGUGCCAGUCUUUAUGUGUAGCAUAUUUAAGUAUAUAUAUUACACAUAUACGUUUGUCUGAUAGAUGUGCAAUAACCAAGGAGUAUGUAUGUUUUCUUUGGGGAAACUGGACACGAUUCAAAACAGGGAUGUUUCUUUCUGGGCAAAGCAGAGUUAGACAUUUUCGCCUUCAUGGCUAGUCACUAGUCUGUAACAUCCGUGAUGCCCUACAAACCUUAUGUGAAGAAAAGACUGGGAUGAAGUAAUUUUCUCCUGGGUCUAAGCUAAAACGAUCACUUUGUUUAUGGGAAAGUCGAUCCAGCAAGCCAGGCCCAGCCAGUGCUAGUCUUCCAUGUGAAAUGUGAAGCUGUCCGUGGCCUCUUCUGUGGGCCUGAACGCUAGAUGCUGGUGCAGAGGAAGCAGCCGCUUCUCACUAUGCUUUUGUAGACCUUGUUAAUGCUGGACCACUGUCUCUGAGGGCUAGGCUCACACCUUCUUAGCCAUAAGGGUCUGGCUUAGGACAGACCAUUCCGUGCAAUAACACGCGGCUGCUGGGAAUCCCGGGCCUGUAUGUGUGUGUUUCGGGGAGCGAAAACUCAAGGCCAAAAGCGUUCCAGGGAUGAGUGGGGGGCUUCUGAGACUAUGGGGACCUCCAUAGCCCAGUGGGUCCGUGGGUGCUGUGAAAGGACUGUGCACCACUUGGUGUUCCAUAGCCACUUGAGCCAAAUGUAAAAUUGUCCUUAGAGCUGACAGACUCAGUGAGAGCCUUCAGAUGUGGGUCAUCUUGUUACAUGGAACUACACACUGUUGGUCUAGCCUCCAUUAGGAUUCUGUACUUAAGGAUUUUCACAAUGUCCUCCCUUCCCCUCUUGAGAUCUGAAUUAAAUCUGAUUUCGCAAACUCA